UCAGUAAGACAAUGCGAAGCAACACUGUGCACAUGUCACAACAGCAUGGCUUCAUAGUAAAGCCUGCCUGUUAUCUGGUCCUCUCUCCCAUUGGAAGAGUUUUUAUGAGCAAAAAAUGAUACCAGAGAAUCCAGAGCUACUGAAGUUGUGUAUCAAGAAAGAUUGGCCUCGGGAAUAAGAGGCCCCCCAGCGGAGAGGCAGACUGGGUCCGCACUCUGUGAUCGGUUUCUCUGUGUCAGUCCAACUUCCCAGAAUAGCAACUCGGGCGGGUUGUCUGCUGCUCUGCUCUGCUCUGCUCUGGACGAGAUGGAGGAGGAAGUGGUGGAUUUAACAACUGUUGCUUUUGCUGCUGCUGCUGCUGCUGCGGAACCAAACUACCUUUUAGCCCGCGCUGCAUGGCGCAUGUCGGGCUAGAAUGAUGCCUAUUACAAGCCGAGACAUUCAGCCGGGAUCAAUGAGCAAGUUGGUGGGAUUAUAUAAACUCCUACGUGUUUAAGGUAAAUAGAAAGAGAGCGAGAGAAACACAAGAGCAUGAAUCAGUUUCCUGUGUUCGGUUAAUUAAUCAUUACGUGGCUGCUUUAAUGUAGCCGUUCAAUCUUAUUCGACUACAUAGGCUACAAAAGCUUGAGAGCUGCUGGAGGCGCAUGUCUGCGGCAAAGGCAGACAAGGAGCGUCUGUCUAAUGAAUGGAAAGCCAGACGGGCUCUGCUGUAGAUUGCGGUGAUCGGAUAACCUGUUGAAUUGCAGCUGUCUGUCAGCUCCAAGCCAUGCAGGCAACGCAGCCAGCAAAAAAAAUCACUUAACACUACAGCGCGUUGGCACAGUAACAACAAAGCCGGCUUCACGGUUUUGCAGCUGAUGAUUAUUAGAGAUGCACUGUUGCCAGCGAGGCAAAUGCAUCCUGUUCUUAUUGAUUAACCCCGUCUGUAUCUCUACAGAACAGAAGAAGAGUUCUCCCACCUGUUUUGCUGCUGACAUAAAUUUUUAAUUCGGCUGCCUGAAGUCACGCUGUAGACAGACCUACUAGGAAGUAGUGCCAAAAGUGGCCUGUAAAUUGUAAACGGUGAAACAGUUACUUUUAUUCCUGACUAGACAACUGGUUGUUUUUUAGUCAUAUGUAAUGUUCAGGAGGACGGGGUGGUCAUCCAGCAGUUUACCCACCAGUUAAUUUGCCACUACAUCGCAUAAUUCCCUUCCCCCGCAGUAGCAGUUAAAACGCGUGAGGCUCUGCCGGUCCGACCUUGACUCAUGUCUCCACAGUAGAUUUUCAACAUUGCCAACACACAGACUUCCAGUCUCUUGGUUGUUGAGAAUAGCUUGGCUGCUCCCUGCCACUAUGGCUAAUUCCUUAGGAACCGGUGGAUCCAGUUUGAUCCAUCCCUUUCUUUCUUUCCUUAACCAACUUGUUGAGUCUUCCCCCCUCGGUGUUCAUACUCAAAGUGCACCGUGUGCGUCUCGGCUAACAGUUGCGUGAGUUCUGAUGAAAUGUCCCAAGUUUGAAUCAAGUGCGUCUAGUGCUCGAUGGGACAGUGUCGGUGUAGCUUUCUAACGUGGAAAAGUCGACGGGAAGCGCGCAGAAGAGGCUUUGACGCAGCAGGAGUCACCUGUAGAACUCUGUAGAUGCGCUCAUGCGUUUCUGAGCUUACUCAGAUUGAUCAUCAUAUUUUUUUUUUUCAGCUUCCUUUCAUUGGAAUUGUUACUGAAAAGUUGUUUUUUUCAUAUUUUUGCGAGAGAUCAUUGAACAAGAUAGGUAAUUUUGACCUUUUUGUUUCUUUAAAGGGAGGUGGAGACAACUUACCACCGCCUCCCUCCGUCCUUGACUGAAAUUACCAAGUAAUUGUGCAUAGGGGAGACGCUUGAAGCCCUCCCAAAGCACUUGAAAUGGAGGCUACCGAUGGCUACUGUGCUAGUAACGGCCAGUGCUCUCCCAGUGAGGAGAACUCGAGAAUGUUGGCAAAUAUGUCAACACCUAAUGGACAGACAGUUCCUCAGGGUCCUAAUUCCCCCAGUGAACUGACAAUUAAGCAAGAGGAAGAAACAGUAGAGGAGGCUGACAACAGAAGUCCAGCAAUUGAAGAAACAGGUCAAACAGGAGAGGAAGAACCAGCACUAGAGGAAUCCAUGAGUGGCAGUCCAAACAAUGUACAGGAUGGAUUAUCUGGACCAAAUGUGACAGCUGAUACAGGAAGUCGACAAUCAAAUGGUGACAGGCCGUUCCAGUGCAACCAGUGUGGCGUCUCGUUCACCCAGAAAGGAAACCUCCUGCGACACCUCAAGCUUCACACCGGUGAAAAACCCUUCAAAUGCCCCUUCUGCAGCUAUGCCUGCCGACGGCGUGAUGCCCUCACUGGUCAUUUGCGCACUCAUGCUGUUGGCAAACCACACAAGUGCAACUACUGUGGACGGAGCUACAAACAACGAACUUCCCUUGAGGAACACAAGGAGCGCUGCCAUAAUUACCUACAGGGUAUCAGCCUGGAUCCAACUGUCAGCACUGGCCCUUACACAGGUGAGGUUCCUACAGAGCCGAGGCCUAUGGCAGAGGCCAACAACAUGGCUACGUUUGAUCGACCGCCCGUUAUUGAAAGGCUGCACAACAAUGUGGGCAAGAGGAAGAGUACCACACCCCAGAAAUUUGUGGGUGAAAAGGUGUCACGCUACAGCUACCCUGAAAUAGGCUAUGAGAUGGCCCUUAAGUAUGACAAGCAGGCUGAACUGUUGCCAGCCCACAUGAUGGACCAGGCCAUCAACAAUGCCAUCACAUACCUGGGAUCGGAAACCCUUCGGCCCAUACUCCACCAUCCAGGUCCCCAUCUCUCUAUGGCGGAGGUGGUGCCCAUGGUCAACCCCCUCUUCCACCAUGUCCUGCCAUUAGGCCAACGAACGGAGCGUCCAGGAAACUGUGACUCACUGCCACCCCAGUCCCAUGACCUCCCCAGCCAUCCUAUCACAAAUGGCCCCACUGUUUUAACCAGGCAUGGCAAGCUGUCCCAGAGAGGGCAAGAAGAAUCUCCUAACAACAGUGGACUUGACUCUGCUGACUCAGCUCGCAGCAGCCCUCAAGAGAGACAGGGCUACCCUGGGAGCAACAUCCCGUCUGGCCUCAGAUCUCGAGCCAGUCCAGCUGUGGUCUGUUCAGGUGAGCGGGUGACAGAAGCUUCACCCAGAAGUGGGGCAGGAAUGGGGACUGGGAUAAUGCGAGUGGCCGCAGAGAGGCCUGUGAGCCAGGAAGGUGUGCGGGUGUUCGGACGAGAGGGCCAGGAGUUGCGGGCCUUCCAGUGUGAGCACUGUCGAGUGCUCUUCCUGGACCAUGUCAUGUAUACCAUUCACAUGGGUUGCCAUGGAUACAGGGAUCCACUGGAGUGCAACAUUUGUGGUCACCGCAGCAAAGACCGCUAUGAGUUCUCCUCUCAUAUAGUCCGUGGUGAACACACCUUCCAGUAAGAGGAUUGCUAGGAAGGCAAAGAAGGGAAAGGAGCAAUAGCCUGAUAUCCGUCCUUAUCCCCAAACCUCUGAGACUGCACAGCUGAAUGGCACUGUAGGCAAGUGUAGCACAAUCACAGCAUAGACUUCUUUUUAAGCUACUUAUUGUGAAUUUGAACAGUUCAACGAUCAUUAUAUGAAGGUAUGGGCCAAAGACACAUUUUCUACAUAUUGAAUUGAGAUUAAUGUAGAGGAAAGAAGGUAAGUUGUUUAUUUUUCACUCCGAAUGUUCCCAAAUUAUAUAACUGAGCAGCUUUAGGACAAUUUUGACUAGUUUUUCAUUUUAAUCUAAUUUGGGAAUGUCUUCUCUUGUGGUUGUUCUGCCAUAAUACUUUUGUUACUUUUGUUUUGUUAUUCCUUCUUUUUGUCCUCAGUACAUUGGAUUAAAAAAAAAGUUUCAGUUCAACAAGACCAGACAGUUAGCACAGAUGACUUCAGGUAGCCUCUAAUUCAGUUUAAAAAAAAUACUAACAUUCAUCAGUAGUUUUAUGGAUGGUGGUACUAGUAGAUAUGUAACAUACUGUUGCAUAUCACAUAUUUUCAGUUUUCUUUUAUUUCUUUUAUUAUUAUUUUACCAUGACCCUUAUUUUCUUUCUUUUUGACCAGUGACGUAAUACACAUAAUGGUCUGUCGCUGUGUGUUCUAGCUGUAUGCAACUUGAUGUCCAUUUGGGCUUGUUUGCCAUAUGUGGUUUUCUCUGAUUGUAUCUCUUUGCAGCUGUAGAAAUUUGAACAGUCAUGCCAUCAUCUUGAGCAUUUUGCUUUGCUUUAGUAUUGCCAUACAUAACUGCAUAACUUCUAAUCAAUUACCAAACAUAGAUUACUAGCAAGACUGUAAUAAUUGAAAAUAAAGCAUUUAAAACUACAUCAUGCUUUACCAUUGAUCACCAGUAAUGGAUACCACAUUUUUUGAGACUUUUAUUCCUGUUUUCCCACGAAUAUAAGAAAAUUAUUAGAAUAUAAAUACCUCAUUUUUGAAGUUGGUGAAGUUUAAGCUGAAGCUAAAGCUAUUGCUAACUCUGUAAAAAGGCUACAUAACUGGCUGAUAGCAGAAAGCUACCUCUUAACAACCCUAUAUAGGUUUCAGCUGAAGUGAUAGCCCUCUUUAUUAGACUUGGACUGAUAUUGUCAUGUCGAAUGAGGUUGUUUUUAUUGUUUUUGCUUCACUAGGCAAGCUAUGCUAGCAGCCGAAACUAGCAGUUCUGGCUAGCACAUUUAAGUUUUGAAAUUUCCUAUUAUCAUGCAUGUUUAAGGCUAUCCACCACUUAUUUACUUAGACCUUUUCCCAGUUAUCAGUGGCUGGUAAAGCACUGUAACUCUACUCGCAGAAAUAAAGAAGACUACCAGUUUAUUGUUGCUAGCUUGUAUAUUUUGUCAUUUAAAGUAAAUAAAGAAAAAAAAACUGCACGUUUUGACAUUCAUAUCCAAAAGAAGCAUUUCCAAUGCAAAAGAUCUGAAUUUAUGUUGUUUUGUUAUUUCACUCCAUAGUAAUCAACUUCGAUCUAUUCAGUUUGCAUUUACAAGGUAGAACUAUUGAUCAUGAAGCAAAAUCACCAUGAAUGGAAAGCAGUACUUUGUCUAGGUUAAGUAUAACAUAAAGGUUCCUGUCAGUCCUGUCUGUGACCUUAAAAGGUUCAGUUCAUGGCCAUCUUUUUAUCAUCUUAAUCUCUAAGCUGACACCUGCUAAUGUGUUGUCCACAACUGUCUAGUUGUUAGUUUCCCUGGUUGCUCAUUAAACAUUAUUGGAUCCUGGUGGCGUUUGGGUUGUGCUGUUUGAACACGUAGUUUAUUUGAAAAUGGCUGACUGCCAUAUUGAUAGCAUAAAGUGAGAGAGAACUGGUUUUAUUUUUAUGAUUUAAAUAUCUAGAAGUCAUGCAAGUGGCUGGCUGGAGUUUGAUGCUUUAUUGGAUACCAGUGGGAUAAAGGAGGCCAAAGAUAUUGCAUGGAUUUCUUUUCUCUGAUGUACCUCACUUUAAUGCUUUAAUCCUGACUUUUUGACCUAAACUACAUGGUGAUUUAGGCUCGACGGCUUGAGUAUUGUGCUUUUCAGUGCUUUGGCAUAGGGCCAGGUGGGGACCUGCCUUACUGGUGCUGUUUUCAAGCUUGGCUACAUGCUUACAUGUUUGGUUUCAUUGUCAUCUCUCUUCUACUUGAAUGUCAUGACAAAUACUGGGAAACAUCACAGACUCUGCACAAAACACUUGGUGUGCGGUGCUUCGUCCUUGGCAUCGUAAGAUGUUGGCUAUCUUUAAUUGAACACCUACAGUUCACUCCAUUAUGGUAUUAGAGGGAAUUCUUAAUGUGUAUGGUGGGCAUUUAUCAUUUUCAUUUCCUACGAUAGUAUUGUCAACCAAAUCUUGUCUGUUCAUUCUCUGCUCUUCAUCAACACCAUCACACAAAUGUCUUUCAUGCUCUUACUCUUUCUGAAUCUCACUCUUGGCAUUCCCAUAUUAUCACCACAUUCAUGUAUGUCCUUGUACAUAGGUAAUGGAGAAUGAAACAGUCUGAGCAAGAGGAAAAGUGAAAAGAGUAGUGUGGUUACCACAUAGCACUACUUUGAAGGCACUUCCAAAACUGUAGCAUUCCAAGUCACCUCAUAAAACUUCUAGAAAAUUAAAAGCCCAUAUAUGCAAAAUUGUAAGUAGGAAAUAAGCCACUUUACAGAUCUCUUGUCCAUUAUUUACAAUAUGUUGAAGGAUUACAGAUUUGGUCAAUAAGGCUAUUUGCAGCUUUUACUGUCUCUCCCUGUGAAAUGACUCAGACUGUGCUUUGUACAGUUGGCCAUGCACUUUAUGUCCAUGCCAUGAUAGGUAGCAUUGUUUUGGUUUGUUUUGUUUUUGUUUUUUUUUUUGUUUCUUUUUUUUUGUUUUUGUUUUUGUAUAGUUGCUCUAAUAAAGUGUCUUUAGAAAGCACUGACAGAACACAGGUUAGUCUUUCCUCUGAAAGAACAAUCUUUUAGAUGCGUAUUGGAAAGCAAGACUCAAUGUCAGUUUUACUAUGGUGUCCAAUGAAGACAUUCCAUUGUACCACAAGUUUGGCAUUACUAGCUUCUCACUGGUCAACAUCAUAAACAGUCCAUUAUUAUGUAAGGUUAUACUCAGUGAUCUACUCUUCUACAUUCAUUGUCUACUUCUUAUCAAAUGGCAGCUUUAUCUCUGUUUACAUGUUGCUUUUUAUAUGCGCAACUGGUGCCCAGCCAGCAUAAAAACUAACAGUCUGUAAAUUAUUGGCACUGGAAAUUGUUUACACCUCACAGCUGUGAUAUUGACUCUAUACAUUCCUCUGUUAUAUUAUUCAUGUAUAUAUUAAUUAUCUGAAGCCUUAUCUGUUCAUACAAGGGGUCCUUCUGAAACAACAUGUCCUUCUAAUGAUCCCAUGGUCUAAUGUAGGUUGAUGCUGCCCUGAUUUUUCUUUUUUAAUCCCCUUCAGAAGGAAUACAAAUAGACAGACAAAGAGCUAGACUAAAUUGAACAGUGCAUAAUAUAUGACAGGAUAUUCAAAUUAUUUUCUUGAUUUUGAUUUGUUCUCCUGCUUGUAUUUGGUAAGGCCUUGGGGCACAGACAUAUUUUGGUCUUGUUCUGAUGCAAUGUUAUAAUAAUGACAGCCUUACUUGUACACAAAUUCUUUAAAUGGAGCAGCCAUAUGAACAAAAAGAAAAACAAGGUUUUGUCAGCCCACCUUGUGAGUGAGGAGUUUACUUGAAAAUCAGAAUCAUUGCUAUUGUCUGAGAUUGCGGGGAUGUUUUUGUAAAUUUUGUGUGUGUGCUAAAUGUCUAUUUUUCUGCUGAUAUGUUAAUGCAAUGAGUUUUGUGAACUUUUGUGUGUUUUUCUUUUUUUAAGUUCAAAAAUGUUUACAAAAAUGUAAAAGACUGGGUUCAGGUGACUUGUAUUUUUUAAGAAAUAAAAGAAAGGUGUAUAUUUUGGCAAUGAAUAUUGAAAUUAUCCAGAAAUGUGUGUGCAGAAAUUGAUCAUCUCUGACACUGAUAAGAACUUUCUGAAGUGAGGGCUCUCAGGUAUUUGCAUAGCUUGUGUAUUUCUAUGUCCUAAAAUAUGUGAUUUAUUUAUCAAAAAAGAUGCACAGUAAUUUCUUUGAAUGUGGCGAAGGAAGAUGUAAGAUUGUUUAGCCCUGUUUUUGACACCAGUGACUUUACAUGAAGACACACUGCUAUGAAGAGUACAAUGUAUUUUUAAGGCAUGGGUUUCUCUCUAUUAAAGAAAUGAUUUCA